GGUUCUGUGCCUUGGACAUAGUGCUAUUUUCACUGUAGCUGAGAUAAAGAGCAGUAUAAAACAGUGGGGGUCUGAGAGGAGAGGGGCAGGAGACAAAAGAAGACAAAAGAAAUGGCCAGCAGAAAAGCAGUGACGCGAGGCAAGGCGGCCGCAAAACAAGCCCAGCGAGGCUCCUCCAACGUCUUCUCUAUGUUUGAGCAGUCGCAAAUCCAAGAAUUUAAAGAGGCCUUCAGCUGUAUAGACCAGAACCGUGAUGGGAUUAUAAGCAAAUCUGACCUCAAAGAGACCUACAUGCAGCUGGGUAAAAUUAAUGUGAAUGAAGAUGAGCUGGAUGAAAUGCUGAAGGAAGGGAAAGGACCCAUCAACUUCACUAUAUUCUUGUCACUGUUUGGGGAAAAGCUGAAUGGAACGGACCCGGAAGAUUCUAUCGUUAGCGCUUUCAAACUCCUGGACCCCAAUGGAACUGGGAACGUCCAUAAAGAUGAAUUAAAGAAUCUCCUGAUGACACAAGCAGACAGAUUCACAGCAGAUGAGGUGGAACAAAUGUUUGCUGUGACACCAAUUGAUGUAGCUGGAAAUAUUGACUACAAGUCCCUGUGUUACAUCAUCACACAUGGAGAUGAGAAGGAAGAGUCGUGAACAUCUGUAGUUACUCUAUCUGCAUUAAACACGUUAUUUUGUACAA